CGGCGGAUGAUGGAGAAACGUAAACAGGCCGGACUGCUGACCCUGCCGUACCACCUGCUCCCGGGGCCCAUGGGCGUGCCUGGGUCCCUGCCCCGCCUUCCCCUGCGAGACCCCUUCAGGGUCUCCUUGCGUCUGGACGCCGCGUGCUGGGAGCGGGGCGGCUGCGCCCCGCGGCGGCCGUACUUGCCCCUGCCGCUGGACGGCGCCUUCGAGCCCGCCUUCCUCCGCAAGCGCAACGAACGCGAGCGGCAGCGGGUGCGCUGCGUGAACGAGGGCUACGCGCGCCUCCGAGCUCACCUGCCCCGCGAGCUGGCGGACAAGCGCCUCAGCAAAGUGGAGACGCUCCGCGCCGCCAUCCGUUACAUCAAGCACCUCCAGGAGCUGCUGGAGCGCCACGCGCGGGGUCAGGAGGGCGCGGCCGGCGCCGGCCCCUCACUCAGGGCCGAAUGCAACAGCGACGGCGAGUCCAAGGCCUCGUCGGCGCCUUCGCCCAGCAGCGAGCCCGAGGAGGGGGCCUGUUAG